UAAGGAUAGUAACGAUGAUAAAGAUUGAGUGCUCUUUUGAGAACGAGGGAGUACAGUAUUUUUGAUUCAUUUUAUGUCCGAAAUGAGUGAUAUGUUGGGGAUUACAAUCCCUAUACUUAGAUCCUCAUUCUAAUAAAAAAAACUAUAUAGAAUUUAUUCAUCUCGAAACUGUUUUUAUAAAUGGAGCGCAUUUGAAUUAUAUUAGUAACACCGCAAAUACAACUCCAUGGAAUCCCAACCUCCGGCCACCGGCACCACCGCUAGGAAUGCCGCCGAACCCGUACAUUCUCAGCCACAACAACCGCCAUCCUCUCUCCCUGCAUCUUCCUCAUCAACCCCUCCCAUUUCAGCACCAUCCCAUCCUCCCCCAAUCCCUAACCCUAACCUAAUCCAAACUCCAACCCCCAAACCCCCCACUCCAGCUCUUCCUCAACCUCGUCCGCCUCCUUCAUUCAGCAGAAACCCUCCGCCUCCACAGUCCCAUUUCUCGCACUUCUCCUCGAUCCCACCUGCAACUCCUCAGCCAGCUUCAUCUUUCCCGUCCACUCCCUCAUCGUCAAUUUCCUCCGCUUCCGCGCCAAGAGGCGGAAUGGCAAUUGGUGUACCCGCGCACCACCAGAACCCUUCCCCUCCGUUUUCUUCCUUUGGGCAACACUUCGGCGGACUGGGUCGAUCGGAUUCUACCUCAAAUUCUAAUACUACUCAGGUGAGAACGCCAAUGCAAGGAAUGGGGAUACUAGGAUCUUUAGGUUCGGGUUCUCAAUUGCGGCCUGGUGGAAUGCCUUCACAUCAACAGAGACCGGUUCAGUCAUCUCUUAGACCACAACCCCCUGCCCAAAAUAAUCAACCAGCUGGUUCACAAAGCUUCCAAGGUCAUGGACUUAUGAGACCCUCAUCUGUGGGAUCACCUGCAACUCCAUCUCCAAGUGCAUCACAAAAUAUGCAGUCAAUUAAUCAGCCAUGGUUGUCAUCUGGGCCGCCAGGGAAGCCUCCUUUGCCGUCUCCGGCGUAUAGGCAGCAAUUGAACCCACAAUCCGUGCAGCAGAGGACACAUAUUUCUCAGCAGCAGCAGCAGCAGCAGUCCAUGCCAACAGCUUCACAGCAGCCGCAACCUUUGCCUCCUAAUCAAGCCCAGGAGCAUUUUGGGCAACAAGUUCCACCUUCAAGAGCUCUUCAUGUGCCUCACCAGCCACAGGUUACGAGGCUACAGGGGCCAGGAAAUCAGAAACCUUCAUCACUUGUGGCUGCACAAACUAAUGCAGUUCAACCAGGGAGUCAAAGUAGAUUACCAAAUGCUUUACCAAAUGCAGAUCCAGAAGAGUUGGGUAAGAGUGUUCUCGGAAAAAGAAGCAUCCAUGAGCUAGUCAAUCAGGUUGAUCCGUUGGAGAAGUUAGAUCCUGAAGUUGCAGACAUUCUUGGCGAUAUUGCAGAAAAUUUUCUGGAGUCUAUAAUUAGGUCUGGUUGCUCACUAGCGAAGCAUCGAAAAUCAACAACUCUGGAAGCCAAGGACGUACUCUUACAUCUUGAGAAAAAUUGGAAUAUUACACUUCCUGGAUUUGGUGGCGAUGAGAUUAAAAACUACAGAAAACCACUUUCAACUGAUAUUCACAAGGAGCGCAUAGCGGCUAUAAAGAAAUCAAUGGUAGCAACUGAGGCUGCACAUCCUAGAGGCUCUGCUGGUCAGGCUUCUGGUAGUGCAAAGGGUAGUCAGGCAAAGACACCUUUCAGUGUCAUUGGCUCUCCCAACCUUAAAAAUUCAUAAGGUGGACGCGUUUGCGCUUUAUACAGCAAUUGAGAAACUGCUUUGGUGAAGGUAGUUCUGUUUGCAAUUGUAUUGUAAACAUAAAUGAUAUCAACAUCCAUUAUUAAAUCGGCCACAUGAAUCGCUAACCUUGAAAUGCACUUUCAUACUUGUCACAUUAAUUGUGAUUUUGCCCGUGUUGUUCUUAAGGGCUAUCUGGGUUAUUUCUGGCUAUUUCCGAGCAUUCCAUUUAGCAGAAAUGAGAAAUAGUCUGAAUUUUUGAAGCCUUACAGAAAACAAGACGAAGGGAAGCGACAUUAGAAUGAAAAGGAAAAGGAAAAAUCUUUGGCUUCUACGGCUUCACAUUUUCUGGGAUUGAUAAUUAUAUGAAUGUCAUUGAUCGAGCUAGCAAGGUCAUUUUGUGAUUGACUUUCUAAUUUAGAUGCAAACAAUAUCCUAAAAUUUAUAUAUAUAUAUAUAUAUAUACAAAUACCUUGUUCACUGUAAAUAAGUAGAGUCACACUCUUCAUCCUUUCUUCCUCCCUUAAAAUCUCACUCUUGUUUUGUGCAAAAAAUGAUUCAAUACCUCGUUGGUCACCAAUUCAUAAUUAGUUCCUUUAAAUACAUACUUACAAUUAUUUAGUACUA